AUUGUUCAACAGUUUUACUUCUGUUUCUUUCACUAAACAGCCCAGACCCAUGUACUGCAGGAUCAAUCCAACGGUUCCUGUCCUGGACCGUUAUUUUAAUGGCCAGGACACCAAAACGGAUUUCCGAUUGGGCAGGGAGGCCCUGGCAGUGCUGCUGGACCUUCUCGGCCAGGAGCGGAGACAUGGAUGGGGUGCCACCAUUGAGACCCUGGUGUUUCUAUUCUGGCUGGCUAGUGGGACAUCAUACAGGGUGGUCUCCAGAGUGUUCGGGAUGCCUCGUUCCACUGUCCACCGCAUCGUCCACAGGGUCACUGAGGAGGUGGUGGCCAUUCGCCACAAAGUCAUCCACCUCCCGAAGACCCCUGAAGACCUGGUGGCAGUGACCAAUGGGUUUGCAGGGCUGGCAAGACACCGCGCUUUUGGGAAAGCAGCGGGAGCAAUCGACGGCUGCCAUGUCCGUAUCAAGCCACCGAGCGGCCCUGAUGGUCACUGCUACAGGAACAGGAAACUGUUUUCCUCCAUAAUUCUGCAGGCUGUUUGUGACCAUCAGGGCCGCUUCCUUGAUACGUACGUGGGCUGGCCUGGAUCAGUCCAUGACUCCAGAGUCCUCCGCCACAGCCCACUGUAUAGGUCACUCUACCCUCCUCCAGGGCACUUCAUCCUUGCAGACGGCGGGUACCCUUUGCCUCCAACACCCACUACCCCUCAUCACUCCCUACAAGAGGCCAGUGUGAGGUGUGGGAGCCCAGCACUUCAACUGGCAUCAUUCCAGGGCACGCUCCAUUAUAGAGCGUGCUUUUGGAAUGAUGAAGACCAGGUUCAGGGCCAUCUUCCUGCAAGCGCUGGAGGUGCACCACACCUUCGUACCUCACGUCAUAACAGCAUGUGCCAUCCUCCACAACAUCUGCCUUGGGGCCGAUGACAUCAUGGCCCCAGAGGAGGAGGAUGAGCCUGAGGACGAUGUAGAGGAGGAUGAGGGGGGCGAUGGUUUGGAGGCAGUCAGUGGUGCUCCCUGGCGGGACCAGCUGUCUGCAGAGGUGUCUGCCCUGGAGGAGGCCCCCCCUGACCACCAAUAUAUACAGGCAAGUAAUAUAAUUGAAAAGCUAUUUCUAUUUAUUUAAAAUGUUUUGUAGAAUAGUUUUACCCGUUCAAAUAAUUUGUGGCAAGAUUUCUUUUGUCAAAAUAAGGUUGUGUAGUAUUUAGUAUGCAUUCUUGCCCUUUUUUUCCAAAUACAUUUUAGUGACAUGGCAGCCGUCGAUUGAGUCAGCCCUGCAAACCCAUUUGGUGCGGUGGACAGUGGAGAGAGGCAUAUCAAGCACACUCUGGAGACCACCCCUGGAUGUCCCACUGACAGGAGAGACACCAGAGUCUUUAAUGUGGCAGCCCAUCCGGGUCCAGCAGCACCACCAGGGGCUCCCUGCUCUGCUGAAUCAUUAUGUUAUUGUAUAUAGUAGUUUUAUAAUAAUUGUUGUAAAU